AUGAUCAAAAGUCCAAAAUUUGAAUUGUCGAAUAAAGAUUCUGAAUUUGAUUUAGGUGCAUUCGUUGACGGUGAUGAUGGUGAUGUAGUAGCGGCGGUAUCAGAGUUAGUAGUGGCGACUGCGGAUGUUGUAGGUACAGGUGUUGUUCCAGGUGCUUUGAUUUCAAAUUGUUCAGAAGUUGUAUAUAUAUCUGCAAUAUUUGCAACAUUUGUAAAUCUAAUCACAAACCCCAAAAUUCCAGACUUGUCAGAUUUUGCCAUUGCCAACACAGUUAAUACAACACUUGGUGUAACUACUGUUCAAAUUCCGCCUAGUCUAGUUAAUACUGGUAAUUAUUUUUGA